GCCCGAGAUUCCGCCCAGCUCACUCCCGCGCUGCGCGACUGGCCAGACUGCGGCUUCUCGGCGCGAUCGGCCCCUUAGUCCCGGGCGCUUGCGGGUCGCAGCUCCCUCCACCGCGCAGACAUGGCCUCGGGCGCCGCUAACAACGCUGUGAAGAUUGGAAUAAUUGGUGGGACAGGUCUGGAUGAUCCAGAAAUUUUAGAAGGAAGAACUGAAAAAUAUGUGGAUACUCCUUUUGGCAAGCCAUCCGAUGCCCUCAUUUUGGGGAAGAUAAAGAACGUUGAUUGUGUCCUGCUUGCCAGGCACGGGAGGCAGCACACCAUCAUGCCUUCAAAAGUCAACUACCAGGCCAACAUCUGGGCUCUGAAGGAAGAGGGAUGUACGCAUGUCAUUGUGACCACAGCUUGCGGCUCCUUGAGGGAGGAGAUCCAGCCCGGCGAUAUUGUCAUUAUUGACCAAUUCAUUGACAGGACCACCAUAAGGCCUCAGACCUUCUAUGAUGGAAGUCAUCCCUGUGCCAGAGGAGUGUGCCAUAUUCCUGUGGCCGAGCCGUUUUGCCCCAAAACGAGAGAGGUCCUCAUUGAGACUGCUAAGAAGCUAGGACUCCGUUGCCACUCAAAGGGGACAAUGGUCACAAUUGAAGGACCUCGCUUUAGCUCCCGGGCAGAAAGCUUCAUGUUUCGCACCUGGGGGGCGGAUGUUAUCAAUAUGACCACAGUUCCAGAAGUGGUUCUUGCUAAGGAGGCUGGAAUUUGCUAUGCAAGUAUCGCCAUGGCAACAGAUUAUGAUUGCUGGAAGGAGCAUGAGGAAGCGGUUUCAGUGGAUCGGGUCUUAAAGACCCUGAAAGAAAAUGCCAAUAAAGCCAAAAGCUUACUCCUCACCACCAUCCCCCUGAUAGGGUCUAUGGAAUGGUCAGAAACACUCCAUAACCUGAAGAAUACGGCCCAGUUUUCUGUUUUAUUACCAAGACAUUAAAGUAGUAGAAAAGAAGACUCUCUAACUCCAGUUAUUUCUGAGAAUUCCUGCUUAACUUGAAAAGGAAAAACCCGGGAAAGGCAUGCAGCUUUCAUGCCCUCGCCUGUGAACGAAGAACCUGUGCUGAGAUCAGACACUGCAUGUGGUAGACUUCUAGGAAGACUUGGGCUGCUUCAAACCCCAGAAGAAAAGCAAAAGACUGAUGUGGAGGAAAAAAAUCUUAUAGUUAAGGAAAAAUACAAGAAGAGAUCAUCUGUCCUUCCCCUGUUCAAUUUGCAAGAAUGACGUGGGGUGGGGGGGUCAUGUCCAUUUUCUUAUGUUGCCAAGGAAUAGAAGGAAGAAAUGGGUCUCUUUGGUUUGGUGUUUGCUUGAUGUGACAGUAAAUUGGUACAGUCUUUCUUGGAGGGCAGUUUGGUAAAGUGCAUCAAAAGGCUUAGAAAUGCGUGUGCACCUUGUGCUGGGUGCUCUAAUCCUAGGGAUUUCUCUUGGAAAAAAUAAUCAGAGAUACAUACAAAGAAUUAUGUAUAAAGAAGGAAGUUACAAUAGCAAAUUUUGAAAACAAUCUGAAUAUCUAACAGUUGGAGGUACAAGAUGUUUUAAUUAUAAUUACAUUGUGAAGCAGCCAGCUAAAGGUCAUGUUUUCUAUAUUUAAUGCCCUAAAAAAAUGGUUGUUAUAUAAUAUGAAGCGAAACAGAAGGGUCUGUAAGCAUUUUACUAGUUUUGUUUUUAAAUGCUAUGUGAAUGUAUUAAAAGCCUAGAAAUAUAUCUAUAAUCUUUUGUUAUUGUAUUUGGUGGAGGGAUACUGGACAAUUUUUAUUUUCUUUAAAUCUUCUAUCUUCACAUUUUUUCUACAAUGUAUAAUCAAAUCGUAAGGUUGUCAUGAAAGCUUAGUUCUCUGUUUUUGAGAACGCUAUUUCUGGUAACAAAGCAAAAUUUAAGAUGGCAAUAUUCAGAGUGUUGCUUAAAGGAGUUACAUCUUCAUCCUGCUCGAGAAAAGGGGGAUCAUUGACUACACAGUCAGAACAGUAUUACUACUGGGUUUGCAACAGCUUUCUGAGAAAAGCUGUAUUUUAAUUGAGGUAGUCUAAAAGCUAAACUGUUCAAGAUAAUAAAUACACAUAUGUAUUUUAAAUUUUAAUAUUUGACUUUGUUUCUACUCCUUUGUAUGAGUUGAUGCAUUAUUUUAUGAGUUGGUGAUUUUUUUUUUAAUAAAAUAAAAAAAUGGAAGCUUG